AUGCCCAAUUUCGAGGUCCCCUUGACGAUUUGGGAAAUCCGGUCCAUCACCAAAGCUGUACUAAGGGCCCGGUGGUGCACUCGUGGAUGGGUGCGCACCUUUAUUGAUGACAUGUUCCUAUACAACACUGUCCCGAUGCAAUACCGCAAUACGGGAGUCCGCCAUUUUCUUUUCGAGCGCGAUGCUCGUUUCCUCCAAUGUCCACUGGACUCAUUUGACGACGAGAUCGACCAAAAAUUACUUGUGGAAUCUGAGGCGUCUGAACCUUUCCGCUUGCUUCUUGAGAAGUCUUUAAAAGUGAUCCAGCAAGGAAACCCGCAUCCAGGAAAUGGCUGGUCUUGCCUCGACACACUGGACUUUUCGGAUGACGAGAUCUGGGAUGAUGAUCAGAGGUCAAGCGGAUGGCUCCGUGCGUGGAUCGCAAGCGACUACUACUUGUACCCGGAAGACGCCUCAUUCAAAAUAUCACCCCACGUAUUCCGCAGAGCUGCAGCCCAAGACAUCAGUAGCGAUCUACGCGAACAGACCGGCGACACAAAUUCGUACGCAUUGCUCUACGUCGCGCAUCUCUUCGACGUAGACCCUCAGUCACUGCCACUCACCGACCCGAUUCUACUCAAAUGGGCUGCGGAGGCGAAGGAAGAUGUUGAGUUCUACCAACAGCAGUGGGUCGAGUCGAGCGGCGACUUACCCUGGGCCGCCACUACUCGUACGCGUCAGGAGUGGGAGAGAGAGCGGCAUGCCCGAAUUCGAUCAACGUUCCUGUACCACAUGCAUCUCGAAGUCCUGCGCUAUAUCACCACCGGACGGCUGGAGCCGGGCUCCAAGGGACGCUCUUUUGAUCAAAGUGGACGCCUGAAACGGUUCGAAGACAGGGAGAUCAUCGACGAAGAGCGCACUAGCACUGAGCCGCCGUGA